ACAGUGCUCUCACUCUAAACCCAAACCCAGUUGAGGGACUGAUGAGCUAACCCCCAAAGCCGCGUGGGGACGCCCCUGCUAGAGUCAGAACACGGAAGGGGCAUUUGUUAGUUCCCUUGCCAGUGUCAAAUAUGGCGGACGGGUACGCGGCGACAGCGCGCAGCAAGAGGGCCGGGGUUGGUGUCACGUUAUAUAGAGUCCGACUGGAAACAUCUUCAGGGAAGUGAAGCCCCUGAAAGAAUAAAGCUUCCGGGUUUGUUUUUUAACUCAAGCGGAAAGGGGAAGAGGCUCUGUCUUUGGAUGUGGUUCCAUUAACCCCCGCGCCUCGUCUGGGCAGCGUCGCGCCCCUGCGGCUGCGGAGACCAUUGCAUUUCGGUUUGCGUGCAGCCAUGAGAGGCAGCGGCCGCAUUCAGAAUCCGACUUGAACGAGCUGGUCCUGGAGUUGUGCGCCCACUUUCCAGCAGUGAACCGUAAACACACGCACUGUACCCAGCGUAUAGACAUGUACUCGCUGUUAGUGCAUUGACCUUAGCCACUCACUCUUGUCAUCAGUUUGCUGCUGCUGCUGCUUUUUUCCACCAUAAAAGUCCUCUUGUUCCUCGAAAGUAUCUCUGCGAUGUGGGGUUUACCAGUGAUCCCCUUGCUGAUUAAUUUUUGUGGCGGUCUUUUGGGAUUCGUGGCUACCCUGACGCUGAUCCCAGCCUUCAAGGAUCAUUUCAUUGCUGCCAAGCUCUUCGGGAUAGACUUGAACAAAACUUCUAAACAGCCCAUUCCUGAAUCCCAAGGUGUGAUCAGUGGGGCUGUGUUCUUGAUCAUCCUUUUCUGCUUUAUUCCUGUGCCAUUUCUGAGUUGUUUUGUAGAGGAGCAGUGCAAGGCAUUUCCACAUCAUGAGUUUGUGGAGUUCAUUGGCUCCCUUCUUGCCAUCUGCUGCAUGAUCUUCCUGGGCUUUGCAGAUGAUGUUCUGAACCUGCGCUGGCGCCACAAGCUUCUACUGCCUACCAUGGCCUCCCUUCCUCUGCUUAUGGUCUACUUCACUAACUUUGGGAACACCACUAUUGUGGUGCCCAAGCCCUUCCGGGUGUUGUUGGGGAUGCACUUGGAUCUGGGAAUCCUGUACUAUGUGUACAUGGGCAUGCUAGCAGUGUUUUGCACCAAUGCCAUCAACAUUCUUGCUGGAAUUAAUGGGCUUGAGGCAGGACAGGCUCUUGUGAUAGCUGCUUCCAUCAUCACAUUCAAUGUUGUUGAAUUAAAUGGAGAUUAUAGAGAUGAUCACAUUUUUUCUCUCUACUUCAUGAUUCCUUUUUUCUUUACUACUCUGGGACUGCUUUACCACAACUGUGCUCAACUUCCUCUACUCAUUGCCUCAGCUCUUCCACAUCAUUCCUUGUCCCCGUCAUCGGCUACCCAGGUAACAAGCGUGCUCAAUCCUGGAACAGGGAAGCUGGAAAUGAGCUACUCCAAAUUCAAAACCAAAAGUCUUUCAGCACUGGGAAAGUAUAUUCUAAAGGUAUCAGAAACCUUUCAUAUAGUGGAUGUGAGACAGAAAUUAGACGAAGAUGAAGAAUACACAGAGUGCAACAACAUGACGCUCAUUAACUUUGUUAUAAAGCUUAUUGGACCAACCUCAGAGCAAACCCUCACUGUUCUGCUGCUUCUUAUCCAGGUAGUGGGCAGCACCAUUGCCUUUUUGAUCCGGUACCAACUAGUACGCUUGUUCUAUGAUGUUUGACUGCGCUGCCAGUGGUAAGGGAAACUCCAGCACUUCCUGAUCUACCUUUUUGUUUUUCAGUUCC